GCCUACCAUCGUUUUCCGUUUGUUUGCCAUGCCUUGCAAUGAGGUUGCUCACAUGGAACAUAAACGGAAUUCGCACUCUUCCACAGUAUCAUCCUUGGAACACACUCAAGUCUGGAGACGGUAUCCUCAAUGAGCUAGGUGCGGAUAUUAUUUGCUUCCAAGAGGUCAAAUCCACGCGUCAAACCAUAGACAAAAGUGUCGCUCUGCCAGAGUCCUACGAUGCUUUCUUUUCCUUCCCCGCUAUAAAAGGAGGUUACAGUGGUGUCAGCGUCUGUACCAAGUCUUCGCGGGUUGUGCCGCUCAAGGCAGAAGAAGGCAUCUCGGGACGCUUACAGUCUGGGCUGAAGCCUCCUUUAUCCGCAGAAGAGCGAAUAUCUCAAGUCAUUCCGGACGCACAUGAGAUGGUACUUUUGGAAGAUGAAGCAUCAAAGACACAUAUGGAUCUAAUAGAAUUAGACAAGGAAGGCCGGGCUCUCAUGCUCGAUUUCGGACUCUUCGUUCUCAUCAACGUUUAUUGUCCCAACGAAACGUCGGAUGCUCGGCUGCCAUAUAAAAUGAAUUUUCACCUUUUGCUUCAGGAGCGGGUACGCCUACUUACGGAGGUCGACAAGCGGGAGGUUAUUGUCGUUGGAGACAUUAAUGUCUGUGCUGCCCCUAUCGAUCACUGCGACGGUGAGCUUCCGAGUAACAAGGAAGAGUUCUGGGUACAUCCAGCGCGAAAAUGGUUUCACGAGUGGCUUCAUCCUAUAGGUCCCAUGUACGAUAUUGUACGGAACUGUUGGCCGGAAAGAAAGGGAAUGUAUACCUGUUGGAACCAGAAGAUAGACGCUCGGACAACUAACUACGGCACCCGGAUUGACUAUUUCCUUCUCACUAAGGGUCUACUACCAUGGUUUAAGCAUGGUGAUAUCCAAGCCCACGUGAAGGGCUCUGACCAUUGCCCAGUAUAUAUUGACCUACACGACCAAAUUACGGACGAAGGCGGCGACACACUGUACUUAAAAGAUAUGCUCAAGAUGAAUGGCGAAAAACGCGAUCCGCCGAGACUGGCAACCAAGUUCUGGGUGGAAUAUUCAGGCAAACAACAAGUAUUGUCGAGUUUCUUCGGAAAGAAAGCUGCAACAGCUUCAGAGUCGGAUUUGGCGAUUGCCUCAACCGUUUCUAUCCGUCCAGCGUCUGGGAAGUCGAGUACAGUCGCUUCUACACCUGCAACCACAGAUUCUGGGAAAACGAGAGAGAUUGAGUCCCGCGAAAUAUCAAAGGCAGAUGAAUCCAAGUCGUAUAACCAAGAGGCUAUAUUUCCUCCGCCUGUACCCGAAGAAAAGAUAGCGAGGUCGUCCACUUCAUCAAAUCUCACCAUCAUAUCCUCUACCAAUGACCCUCAUUCGAAUGGAUCGCUUAGCUCUGCAACUGUGGCUGCGGAGGCUGCACCACCUCUGAAACGUAAAAAAAUGCAAGCCGACAGUAACUACCCUGCACAAGCACCCAAGAAAUCAAAGAAGGGUAACUCCGCCCCAAAGUUAAAAGGAAAAGAAAGUACGACUGCCCAGAUGAAACUGUCUUCUUUCUUCUCUGGCCCGACGUCUUCGCAAAGCCAGGCCGACGUAGAUGACAAGGAAGAAGAAAGUCCAAUCCGAUCACAAAAGUCGGAAGUCAUUGAUGUUGAUGCACUUCUGAACGAUUCGGACGCUUUAACUGUUCAGUCAGAAGUGCAAUUAUCGCCUCCGGUGACUGUGCCUGGGUCGUCGCGGACGGAAAAGGGGAAUAAUUCGCAUACAUGGUCUACACUCUUCGCACGUAUUGAGCCGCCGAAAUGCGUCGUACAUGGUGAGGCUUGCAGGGAAUUUACAGUGAACAAACCUGGCCCUAAUAAAGGGAAAGCAUUCUUUAUUUGCGCUCGACCCGUAGGACCAGGAUACGAUGCUGGAAAAGAUAGGCGACUACGAGAAGAAGUAAACUCUCAGUACAGAUGUAAUUUCUUCAAGUGGAGUAGUGAAGUGAAAAGGGAGGCUCUGCGUGAAGCGGAUAAAAGGAACGGGAAAAGCUGA